AGAUAUCUCCAGGGAUCACAACUCAGUGUUGCAGCAGGAGCUGGGUGCAGCUUUCAUCAUUACUAAACUAACUGUGCAUCCCCCCUGGCAUAGAUGUCUUCCAACUCUAACUUCAGUACAAUGCAGAGAGUGGUGGAGCAGCUGAGGCUGGAGGCUAGUGUAGAACGGAUUAAGGUCUCUCAGGCGGCAGCAGAGCUUCAGCAGUAUUGCAUGCAGAACGCUUGUAAGGAUGCGCUGUUGGUGGGAAUGCCUGCUGGAAGCAACCCAUUCCGUGAGCCAAGGUCCUGUGCAUUGCUCUGAACAACCCCUGCCCUCUGUCACUAAUGUCUGUAGCCCACUUCAUGCCUUGAAAGAAGAAUGCUUGCCUUCCCUGUGCCUUUCCAACUGAUGUGGCAACAUCCCUUUCCAUAUUUAUUAAUUAUUUCAUAUGGUCUUUCAUGGAAUAUUUUGGUAAUAUUUGCAAAUAAAAUUCUAU